GCAGCAGCGGCAGCAAAACGGCGGAACGGGAGGCCAGCGCCUUCUUUCCAACCUCCGAGGCGUCUGCCGGGGCUGCACAGGAAUAAUAAUGUAUUUGUGGCCUUGGACAUGAAGCAGUCAGUCUUCUGUUGCUAUUAAAUAGCGUCAGGGACUGAUGUUGUGGGAAGCAUGGACCUAAUGAACGGGCAGGCAAGCAAUGUUAAUAUUGCUGCUACUGCUUCUGAGAAAAGUAGCAGUUCUGAAUCAUUAAGUGACAAAGGUUCUGAAUUGAAGAAAAGUUUUGAUGCUGUGGUAUUUGAUGUCCUUAAGGUUACACCAGAAGAAUAUGCGGGUCAGAUAACACUAAUGGAUGUUCCAGUAUUUAAAGCCAUUCAACCAGAUGAGCUUUCAAGUUGUGGAUGGAAUAAAAAAGAAAAAUACAGUUCUGCACCAAAUGCAGUUGCCUUCACAAGAAGAUUUAAUCACGUAAGCUUUUGGGUUGUUAGAGAGAUUCUUCAUGCUCAAACGUUAAAAAUUAGAGCAGAAGUUUUGAGCCACUAUAUUAAAACUGCUAAGAAGUUGUAUGAGCUGAAUAACCUUCAUGCACUUAUGGCAGUGGUUUCCGGCUUACAGAGUGCCCCAAUUUUCAGAUUGACUAAAACAUGGGCGUUAUUAAGUCAAAAAGACAAAACCACCUUUGAAAAACUAGAAUAUGUAAUGAGUAAAGAAGAUAAUUACAAAAGACUCAGAGACUAUAUAAGUAGCUUAAAGAUGACACCCUGCAUUCCCUAUUUAGGUAUCUAUCUGUCUGAUUUAACAUACAUUGAUUCAGCAUAUCCAUCAACUGGCAGCAUUCUAGAAAAUGAACAAAGAUCAAACUUGAUGAAUAACAUCCUUAGAAUAAUUUCUGAUUUACAGCAGUCCUGUGAAUAUGAUAUCCCCAUGUUGCCUCAUGUCCAAAAAUACCUGAACUCUGUUCAGUAUAUAGAAGAACUGCAAAAGUUUGUGGAAGAUGAUAAUUACAAGCUUUCAUUAAAGAUAGAACCAGGGACAAGCACACCACGUUCUGCUGCUUCCAGGGAGGAUUUAGUAGGUCCUGAAGUAGGAGCAUCUCCACAAAGCGGAAGAAAAAGCAUGGCCGCUGAAGGAGCCUUGCUGCCGCAGACACCGCCAUCCCCUCGGAACCUGAUUCAGCACGGACAUAGAAAGUGCCACAGCCUGGAUUACAAUUUCAUUCAUAAAAUGAACACAGCAGAGUUUAAGAGUGCAACGUUCCCAAAUGCAGGGCCAAGACAUCUAUUAGAUGAUAGCGUCAUGGAGCCCCAUGCACCAUCUCGAGGCCAAGCUGAAAGCUCUACUCUUUCUAGUGGAAUAUCAAUAGGUAGCAGUGAUGGCUCUGAACUAAGUGAAGAGACUUCAUGGCCUGCUUUUGAAAGGAACAGAUUAUACCAUUCUCUCGGCCCGGUGACAAGAGUGGCACGAACUGGCUGUCGAAGCCACAUGAAGGCCAGCAGUUCUGCGGAAUCAGAGGAUUUGGCAGUACAUCUAUAUCCAGGGGCUGUUACUAUUCAAGGUGUUCUCAGGAGAAAAACUUUGUUAAAAGAAGGCAAGAAGCCUACAGUAGCACCUUGGACAAAAUACUGGGCGGCUUUGUGUGGGACGCAGCUUUUCUACUAUGCUGCCAAAUCUCUAAAGGCUACAGAAAGAAAACAUUUUAAAUCAACAUCAAAUAAGAAUGUGUCUGUAGUAGGAUGGAUGGUGAUGAUGGCUGAUGACCCAGAACAUCCAGAUCUCUUCUUGCUGACUGACUCUGAGAAAGGAAAUUCGUACAAGUUUCAAGCAGGCAGUAGGAUGAAUGCAAUGCUGUGGUUUAAGCAUUUGAGUGCAGCCUGCCAAAGCAACAAACAACAGGUUCCUACAAACUUGAUGACUUUUGAGUAAAAACGUGAUAAAGAACAAGGUGAACUGUUACCCUAAGUGAAAGCGAGGACCUGAUGAGAGUGCCAGCUACAAACCAAUCCUGUGCCAGGCAGAGCCCAGAGGCUCCGUCUCAGCCUCUGGAGUCCUGAACCAAAAAAGCACUAAUUUCAGGGAACGAAGUGAGAUACUCCCAGAGAACACAUCAGAGCUGUAAAACAAACUGCCAUGGACCGUGCUUCUUAUCUCUGAACUGACCUGUGGAAACCACUGCCUUAAUAGAAUGAAAGGAAAACCACCAUGAAACACCAAAUAGUGCGUGCGAAUCUCCUGGCGGUGCUGUGCUUGGAAUAGAUCGUAGCUAAUUUGCAUUUCUUUUAACUUUGUACUAAUUUUGGAGGGGGGAAUCGCCUUUUUUUAGAUACACUUUAAAAAGAAAAACAUAUUUCUUAUGGGUGACAUCAGGAGCUGGUUUUGAACUGAAGUGUGAAGAUGUUUCAGCUUAGUAGGGUUCUACCAGCCACCUCGCCAAAAGGUUUGCUUAAGCCUUCGUGAGUCAGCAGCCUCAACGUACUUUCUCACAGCAAGAGUGUAGGAAUUAGAAAUGUUAAUAAUGUGAGUUGUUGGGGUUUGUUUGGGACUGGGGUGGGGGGGUUGUUUUGUUUUGGAUAGGGGAGUUUUUUUUUUUUUUUUAAACACUAAACUUCUGAAAUUUAGUACUGUAUGGGGUACAUUAUUUCCUGCUGGAGGUAUAAAGGCUGAGUGUUCACAUGCCAGACACUUUUUUCAAGUGGGCUUCAGAAAACAUGGUUGUUUUUAACUGGGUUUAAACUUUGGCCUUGUAUAUGAAUUCAUUGUUGGACCACAGAUCUGCUUAGUAGAGAACUGUAAUCCCAACCUAAACUUUUCUAAGAAGAUUUUACAAUAACUACAGUUUUCAAGUUUAAGUGGAUUAGCCCUUCUGUCACUCACAGGUGAUUUUUAUCAUCAAGGGUGAUGUAUCAAUAUUUUAUUAGGAUAUUUUCUUUUACAGUGUUUAAUGUGCACAAUGCCAGUUUUUUUUUAUUAUUUUCAUUAUUUUUGUUCAAUAUGAGAUUCAGGAUCACAUUUGUUUAAAAGAGAAUCUACAUGUGUUUGUAUGCAUGUAUGUAUUUUAUUAUAAGGGAUACAGAAUAAUUUUCAAAGGGAAAAAGGUGAAAGAUUGAGAGGCUGGAAAUUCUGAGUAUCAAAACUUUCCUUCCUACUUAACUUUCCUUUAUCACAAACAUUUUUCUCAAAAUUUACUAUAGGUCCUUACCGUGAAACCAUAUUUUGUUAAUAGUUGAUCAAGAGAGUUUUGUGAGAGCUCUUUUAUGCAAUAAUGCAUUUAACUU